CCUCCCUCUCCCUCCUCUCUGCUCUGCCUCAUCGUCUCCCUCACCGGCCACCCCACCUGCUCGCUCACCACCGCCGCCUCCCUCUCUUCUCCUGCUUGCUUCUGGCUCGGAUGGAGCAAGGCCGUGGUGAAGCCGCCGUCGUGGACGGAGAUCUGCAGAAGACGGGCGCGGAGACCAUGGCAGAUGCCGUGCAGACCCUCGUCGGUGGCGCGGGUGCAGGAGGUGCUGCAUCCCCACGCGCUGGAUCGGUCGCUGCGGCGACGGAUCUGGAGGAGAAGAAGGUGGCCGUGGCGGACUCUGCCGUGGCGGACUCAGCCAUGCCGGAGCUUGACGUGACGGCGUCGAGCGGCCCGUCUGAUGGACCUGCGGAGGCCAGCGGCGAGCACGUGGACCUGCAGAAGGAGGAUCUUGUUGGCAACAAGAGGAAGUGGGACUCAUCUGGGUACUACCCUUAUGACAGUGAUGAGGAUGAGCUGUACGAGUAUCAAUCUGGAGAUGAUGUGGUCGAGGGGAACGUUGAGUCCUUUGAAGAGAAGGUGGUGCAGAAGAUCAGGGCCCGAGGAUCUGCUAUGUACUACAACUGGAGGACGGACAAGUACCGGUGCCCCUACUGCAGCAGGCCCAAGCCCAGGUCUGGGUUGCUGGAGCAUCUGAUGGAACAUUGUCGGGCUACAUCCAUCAGAAGUGAUGAGUACAAGAUCAGGGCUUAGCAUUCUGCCCUCCACAAGGUCCUGAGAAACCCUAACAUGUAGUUGCCCUAGACCCUGGUUGUCGUAUGAUGGAGGAAGCCUCAGUUCUUUUGGUGAACUUUAUGUGGUAGUCUGAUGGUGGAAACUUUUAGUGGUAAUGUAUCUUUAUCUAAGUGUAGUACUGUGAUGUGUGGUCUAAACUUAUCUAAUAUGCUAGUGGUCUGAACUUGGAGGUGUCUGCAUCAGCAAGUGUGCUGUGUGGAUGCUGCUAUCUAUGGUAGUAAUAUAUAUUGCUAUCUAUAUUUGUGUCCCUUCAAUUUGCCAUUAUGGUUCCUUAGAUGUAUGAUUUGCUUGAAUUUACCUGCUGCAAUGAUCAGACAUGCCGCAUCAGUGUUGCUUCACUGAUCAGGCAUGCUGCAAACACUUCCCAUGUUGUGGCCAUGUGGAACAUGCUGUGGCAAUGGUGCAAUAAAUUCCCAUGUUGUGGCCAUGUGCAACAUGCUCUGCCCAUAAGCAAAUCGGACCAAAUGUAAAACUUUGCGUUAAGUUAAUUAAUGUUGUUUAGUGAAGUAUGUGGAAAUUGUUCAUCCACACAUAUGACAUCUUUC